AGCAGCCCUGGGUCCCAGUGCGCAGCCGUGGUGUCUGCAGGCAAGCUUUAGGCAUUCAAGCCCAGGAAUCUGGCGGUGUCACAGUGCGCAGUGCUCCCUGCUGAAGGCCGAGGAGUUCUUCUACAGCUGCCUGCAUGGAAAGUUCAAGUCCUUCCAGAAAACACAGAAAAGCGCUGGUUUGGCACUAGUGUUGCAGUCACCAAGAAGAGAGACAGUUCUGAAACUUUGGGCUACUCUUCCAAAUCAGAGAAUCCAUCCCCUCCAGCAUGGCAGGUAAGAAAGUGCUCAUCAUCUAUGCACACCAAGAACCCAAGUCCUUAAAUGGGUCCCUGAAGAAAGUGGCUGUUGAAGAACUGAGCAAGCAGGGAUGCACAGUCACUGUGUCUGACUUGUAUGCCAUGAACUUUGAGCCAAGAGCCACAAGAAAUGAUAUCACUGGUGCCCUCUCUAAUCCUGAAGUCUUCAGAUAUGGGAUAGAGACCUAUGAAGCCUACAAGAAGACAGCUCUGACCAGUGACAUACUUGAGGAGCAGAGAAAGGUGCAAGAAGCUGAUCUAGUGAUAUUUCAGUUCCCACUAUACUGGUUCAGCGUUCCAGCAAUCCUAAAAGGCUGGAUGGAUAGGGUGCUGUGCCAAGGGUUUGCCUUUGACAUCCCAGGCUUUUAUGACUCUGGUUUUCUCAAGGGUAAAUUAGCCCUCCUUUCCUUAACCACGGGAGGUACAGCUGAGAUGUACACAAAAGCUGGAGUCAGUGGAGAUUUCCGGUACUUCCUGUGGCCACUCCAGCAUGGCAUAUUACACUUCUGUGGAUUUAAGAUCCUUGCCCCACAGAUCAGUUUUGGUAUUGACACUUCAUCAGAAGAAGAAAUAAAAGUGAUGGUGGCAUCAUGGGCCCAGCGGCUGAAGAGCAUCUGGAAGGAAGAGCCUAUCCAGUGCACACCCCCUUGGUACUUCCGAGAGUAACAUUUUGUGCUCUGAGCACAUCUAACAAGCAGCACACCGAGAGACCUAAAGUAUGUGCAAAGAGAAGGUGGUGCUGUACCCAGAGAUGUAGUUAACAGUGCCCACCAAUGAGUGUCUUCAGUUUCAUGCACCUAGAUCAGAUAUUUCAAUAAUCAGCUUGGUGCGCUAUAUUAGUUCUGCCUGGUUGUUAUUUACUCAUUUUUCAUUUCUUUAAUGUCUCUCUAAAAUCUCUCUUGCUACUUUCAACCUUCAUAGUAUAGUUUUUCUGAACAUGGAGGUGGAUUUGUUUGUUGUUUCAUUUUAUUUAACCCAUUGUAACUAAUGUUUUAGUAUGGAGUUUGAAUUUACUUGUCUUUUUCUUUUGAUUUGGGGGUUAUUAUGAUGUUUUAAUUGAAUAGCAGUCUAACAUAUUUUUAAUCAUUUAGUACAUCAAAGCCUUUGAUAGUAUUCUACCACUGUUCACAGUGUUACAUGAAUAACACUGAAUAAUGACUCUGAAAAAAUAGGCACAGAUAUAUGGAGAUAUCUCUACUGAAGACAAGGCUGUUGCUAGCGCCCAGGGCCCUUGUGAAUUGCUGGACCCCAGAGUACUAGGAAGUAGGAAUUCUUUUGCCCUGGUCCCACAGCUCCCCAUUUCCAGUAUUGGAUGAGAGGACAAGAAUUCUGAACCUUGCUGCCAUCCCAGGUUUCAGAAGUCACUACACCUUGGGAGUUGAUAACCUCAGCUUGGCCUCACAUAUCUAAGGACAUUAUUAAUUCUGCCUCCCAAGCAGAAACACUAGCAGUUCCAGAGCUGAGACCUUACUUACAUCUAAUCAGCUAUGUCACCUUACUUAAAUCCUUCAUCAUCAGGGCAGUGGGAAUUACUGCUCUACAAACAAAAGGAAAUGGCCACACCAUUCCCUUAGGAGCAUAGGGCCUUGUCUGGUGGUAGCCAUUGGCUGUGUCAGAGCAACAGCAGUUGGCAAUUGAAGUUAAGGUGUCAGUCCACCAGAACAAAAACUCUCUGAUGGGUAUAUCUCAUUAAAGCAAGGCUUACAAGAAUACAGACUCCAGAAUGUCUUUUGUUUAUGCUGUGCCUUCAUACUGUUGCUGCUACAUACUUUUCUCUGGUAUCUGAUAUAAUGUAUAUGUAUGUGGGGGGUCCCCCACUACCUGCAUUGUAGUGUGUUUAUCUCAUUAAUACAUUCCGAUUUUCUGGGCAUUUUUAUCUGUGGGUUAUCUAAAAGGUGACACCUCCUUAAGCUGUAUUGUGCAUUUGAUAUCAAUAAUGUUAGCUUAUACAGAGUUUUAAUGAAUACAAAGAAAUACUACACAAGUAAAGGAUUAUAAAUUUUCCCUAAGAGCUGUUUUAGAUCACAGCUCAGGUUGACAUAGAAAAAUAGCUGAAUUUCCUCAGCUGCCAAGAUAGCUGUACACUAUUAGCUGAUAUAAAGCUUUAAAGUAGCUUUGGAUUAGACCAGGAGCCUUGCUAAUGGCUUUUAAGAUAAACUAUUCCCAGGAAAAGCAGUCCAGUUUACAAGGACAUAAUAGCCAGCUGUCUGAUUUGCUGAACCAAGGUUAAAGGUGCAGAGCAAUGUAAUUGCUGUGCCAGUCUCUUGCUAGGUUUGGCUGAUAACCUAGGACAGUGAUUAACUCUGUUCUGUUAACUGAGUUCCUAACCUCAGUUUUAUAAUAUGGGUAUGUAACCUGAAGACUCAAACUUCAGCCAACUAACUGUUUUUAUGUUGGGUCCUGAAAUUGCACAGGUGACAGGGAGCAAUUCACUGAGGUCUAGAAACAAAAACAGCUUUUGUUCAGAUAUACCGCAGGAAAAGAUUUUCCAACUGGCCAGGGCUACAGACAAUAAUCUGACCUCAUAGCCCCAAGGAAGAGUUGCAAGUUUCCUUUUUAUGGGUCUAAAGUUUGACACAGGACAGAAAAAUAUAUUUUAAGAUUUAAAACGCUUUUUGUGUCACUAUGCCUUGGAGAGUGCAGAGUAAGCUUAUAUUAAAAGAUUUAAGGUAAUCCUAAAUCCGAACCAGAGCAUUUAUGACACAUUUCUCUCAAUGUAAACACUCAGAGUUUGAGAAAGCCCUGCAUUUUACAACUGUUAAUCACAAAAUAUUAGUUUAAAAUGUUUAUUACACUCAGAAGUAUAGGAUAUAGUACACAAUUUCCUUAUUUUUCUUAGACUCCUCAGUAGUUUAGUUUUAUAACUCCUUUAAAAUCCUUUAUAAGACUAUACCUCUCUAUAGCAAGAAAUCCACAGAGUCCGUUUAAAGGGCAAAGGAAUUUAUUAAGGGGAAAAACUCACUGUACAGAGCAGAAUAGUCUCGGAUUCUGGAACGCUGUUCCAGUCAUCUGAGUCAGUCCCAUAUCCAAAACCACAAGGUAGAGAAGAGAGAAUGUAUGUGCAUCUCAGGUCUUAAGGGUCCCCAAAAGGCCAUGCCCCAGGGACAUGUACUUCAAGGUCACAGGCAGAUAGAGCAAUUACCUGCUGCAUCUCUAGGGGCAGUGCUUCAAGGUUAUAGGCAGAACAGUUAUGCACUACACCUCUCUAGAUAGAUAACCAUGGUUCUUUCUUUGCAGCUGCAUGUUACAGCUCACCAAUCAGGGAGUUGACUGAGAAAUAAUGUUCCUUCUUUGCUCUUUCGACAAGUUAUUUAGAUUUAUUGCUUGUGAGUUGUCAGGAUGACUGUUUUUUAUCAUUUACUUAAGAAAUGGAAUGUGACCUUCAAAUGUAACUCCUAUAUUGCCUGAAAGAUUCUGUUGGGUAUAUAUAACUGUGAAGAUCAAAGGGAUUCAGAUUCAACAUGAGAGAAUAAAGAGAGAAACAAUCAGAA